UUUACUGAACCGUACACGUGUACACGACCUUUAAAUACCUCCACAUUCUCAAACUAAAAGACGGUUUCAUUUAUAAAUACAUGGAAAGUAAAAAGGUCAAUCGUUAUCAACAUGGGUAUGACUCUACUUCAAGGAAUUUUCUUCCUGUUUCUAUCAUGUUGGAUGAAUGCUUCUGAGCUAUGGCCUCAGGAGGAAUUAUUUAACGCAUUUGGCUGUUUGGGGAACGUAAUACGAAACUACAAGGAUUUUCCCUUGUUCUCAGAGUGUUCAACUGAUAUAAGUAUUAAAGGUGAAUAUUGUUAUGACGAUGAGAUUACUUGCCAUGCUACGAAAGAGAACUGUAGAUAUUGGAGAGUGCACAGAACAAAUGUGUCUAUCUUCAUUCAAUUUCCAACAUCAAAGUUCAUACAGGCAUCGAAAUCUUUAACAAAUGAAUGUGAAUGUAAGGAGUAUAUCUUUAAAUGUACCAUAAACAGUCAGGUCCUUAUACAAAGUAUCGUACAUAAAGAUGCAUUCUUAACAAGCACAUUAUCUUCAUCAUCACUGGAAACGACAGAAGCUGUUACUACAAUGGCACCAACAACGAACAAACCUUACACAACAGACUCGAGCAAAACAAUUAACCCAGGAAUGCUAGGAAAUCGGUCAAUUCAAAAUAGCGAAACACCUUAUCUCGCCAUAACUGGUGCCCUUAUUGGAGGCGUAGUUCUGGGAGCAGGCGUGGAAUAUCUAUUGAUCAUACUGCUGCGAAGAAAUCGACACUCAAAAAACAAGAAGAUUAAAGAAAACAUUACAGGGAUGUCGAAAUACAACCCUGCAUAUUCAGACAGUGGUGAAAAUACCAAGGACCCUAUGAAAUCAGACGAAAAAUACUACGCACAAGUAGUCAACGCAAACACUGUUUAUCAAAAUGUUACCCAAGGUACCGCAAAUAUUCACGAACAAAGAACGUACAAUCAAGAAAAACCUGGUCAGUCAAUAUACAAUCAUCUUCACGAAAAGAAGGAAAUAGAAGAUACAGGUGAUCACUAUGAUCAUGCUCACCGUGUACCAUUCGAACUCACUGCAACAGAGAAGGAUUACGAAACACUGAAACUGCCUCCACAGGCCAAUAAUUACACAGAAGUUAUUGCGGACGAGACUGAGCACAGUAGAUACCGAAGUGAGGAAGAAAAUGAUCACUACUUUGUUCUAGAUGAUAAAAGAUCAUAGUGCAUAAAAUUUAGGCAGGUAGCUCUCACGUAUCAGCGAUAUGAAAUUAAUUUUAAAUCAUUAUUGUUUAAGAAUAAUCAUGAUGCCAAUAUCUUAUCAACCACCGUAAAUAUCCCUUUAACAGCAUGAGAAUCUGUAUUACAUAUAGUUUAUAUAAAAAUCACACAGAGUUAUUCGAUCAGACUUGGAUGUUAAAGUUCAAAAUGUAUUUGUGUUAAAUACUACAUGUAAGUCUUUCAGAACAACAUGUAAUAAAUACCACGACGUUAACAGUCUCAAUAUUUUAUUUUCCUUUCAGAAAAAAAACAUUGAAAUAUCAAUCUAGUUUUGAAAUUGUCUAACAAUGAAGAACAAAAGUUAUAAAAGUCCUAUUAUUAUUUUAUCUAAUCAUUCGUCAUUUAUUCAUCCUUAUUUUUAACACUGCAUUAUUACUGUAUGUGUUUUUCAAAUAUUUUCAUCAUUCGAGAAAUUGAAAAAAUACAGUUACUGUUGCAAGUAGAUAGGAUGAUUUUUUAAUUUGAUUACAAACUACCAAUAUAUUCUUGCAACAUAAAUGAUACAUUCUGUUGCUUGUAAUUUCUAAAACAGCAGAGGUUACUCACACCUCCUUGUAACCUGAUCAUACCUAUAAUUUUUGUUCGUGUUGGAUCAGCUACUGUUUUAUAUUUUUUUCCUUUGGUCUUUUGAUUUUGAACACUCCAAAACUUCGUUAUAACCACAUUUCGAUGUUUUCUGACUACUGUGAUUCAAGUAAUCCAAAGCUUAUGCGUACAUCCCAUCUCUGAUAGUUAUAACCACUUCACCAUUGUGCUGUGAAAAAAGGACUUAAUAUUCAAUUUUUACCUUUUGUUUUUAUCUUCCACGAAUAUUUUAAAUUAAAUAUAAAAAUAUGUUGAAAUACAUUGAAACCAAUGAUACUUUUGGAGUUUGAGUGUAAGUAACCACUGUCUCUUUAUUUAACAAGGACAAUAUAUUAAAUAUCCAACAUACUACAAAUAGAUAGGAAGUAAACCUGUACAACGUCAUGAAAGAGGAUACAACGAGUAAUUGCAGGUUACCGAAUACGGCAGAACAGUUAGCUAUUUCGUAUUAAUUGUUUAGAUUGUAUUUUAUCUAUUAAAUCAAUCCUUUAUUUUAUAAAUCAUGUUGUUCCUCAAUUUGUUUUGCUCAUUCAUCCCUCAAACUUUAGGGAAGAUAACUAC